UGCUGUUGGGUACCUUCAGCUUUACUUGAAAUGGCUCGUACUAAGCAAACCGCACGUAAGUCCACCGGCGGCAAGGCGCCGCGCAAGCAGCUGGCCACCAAGGCCGCCCGCAAGAGCGCCCCGGCCACCGGCGGCGUCAAGAAGCCGCACCGCUACCGGCCCGGCACCGUGGCGCUGCGCGAGAUCCGCCGCUACCAGAAGUCCACCGAGCUGCUGAUCCGCAAGCUGCCGUUCCAGCGCCUGGUGCGCGAGAUCGCGCAGGACUUCAAGACCGACCUGCGCUUCCAGAGCUCGGCCGUCAUGGCGCUGCAGGAGGCCUGCGAGGCCUACCUGGUGGGGCUGUUCGAGGACACCAACCUGUGCGCCAUCGUAACCAUGUCUGGUCGCGGCAAAGGAGGCAAAGGCCUGGGCAAAGGCGGCGCCAAGCGCCACCGCAAGGUGCUGCGCGACAACAUCCAGGGCAUCACCAAGCCCGCCAUCCGCCGCCUGGCCCGCCGGGGCGGCGUGAAGCGCAUCUCCGGGCUCAUCUACGAGGAGACCCGCGGCGUGCUCAAGGUGUUCCUGGAGAACGUGAUCCGCGACGCCGUCACCUACACGGAGCACGCCAAGCGCAAGACGGUCACGGCCAUGGACGUGGUCUACGCGCUCAAGCGCCAGGGCCGCACCCUCUACGGCUUCGGCGGCUAAGACAACUGGUUUUCACCGUCGCUUAAGUUACUCAAAGGCCCUUUUCAGGGCCGCCCAACCACUCAAAGAAAGAGCUGUCGGACGCUAUUGUGGCAUAGCCAGAGAGACGGGAACGUAAGAUGAGUUACACUUAAUUGCACCUGUUUGCUAGGUGAGUAGGGCAAAAACUUAAGCCCACUUAAGGAAAACGAACGAAAAAGAAAUUAGUAUUGUGUAAGGAACUUGCAUCAGUUUCCUCGGAACAAAGAGAAUCAUUACCUUGUCAGGAAGCCUAUCAGAGGGUAUCAGCCAAUCAGAACUGAUGACCUAAUGUAUCUGCGAGCCAGAGAAGGGGGAUGGGUAGGCCGCUGCUAGGUUUUCUGUUU